UGAUAUAUAUAAUGGACUCCAGCACAUUGGUUUCCAUUGCGUCAGAUGAUCAUAGGCAAUUGCUUGCCAUAGCCAUGAGAGCCGUCUACAUUUUCACCACACUGGUUUUCUUCCUACUCAUGCUCACCAUUGCUCUUGCAGAUAAUAACAACAGCUUCCUUGCCAGAGGUUCAUCAAUUUCAACCCAGGAUGACACCAUCUUAGUGUCGCCGAACGGCGCCUUCUCCUGUGGCUUCUACAAGGUGGCCACCAAUGCCUUCACCUUCUCCAUCUGGUUCUCCAGGUCGACGGAGAAGACGGUCGCUUGGACAGCCAACCGCGAUGCUCCGGUGAACGGCGAGGGCUCAAGGCUCGCCUUCCAGAAGGAUGGGACCUUGGCCCUUCUUGACUACGACGGCAAAGUUGUAUGGAGCACCAACACAACCGCAACUCAAGCCAACAGGGCAGGGCUUCUCGACAAUGGAAAUCUUGUUGUCAUGGAUCCAAACGGCCAGCAUCUAUGGAGGAGCUUCGACUCGCCAACAGAUACGCUUCUGCCGUUGCAGCCAAUAACUAGGAAUGUCAAACUUGUAUCUGCAUCUGCAAGGGGUUUGCAAUAUUCAGGAUUCAACAACUUUCUCUUUGAUAGUAACAAUAUGUUGACACUCGUCUAUAAUGGCCCUGACGCUGGCAGCAUAUAUUGGCCAAAUCCUUCCUUCGACCAGCCAUGGCUGAAUGGGAGGACGACUUAUAACAACAGCCUAUAUGGGGUUCUAGAUCAGAAAGGUCAUUUUGCAGCAAGUGACUUAUUUCAAUUUGACGCCUCUGAUCUUGGUGAUCAUGUAAUGAGGAGGUUGACACUGGAUUACGACGGUAAUCUUAGGCUGUACAGCCUAAACGAGACCAUUGGCAGCUGGUCAGUUUCUUGGAUGGCAUUCUCUAGAGUAUGUCAAAUGCAUGGAGUGUGUGGCAUAAACAGUGUCUGCAACUACCUUCCUAAACUCCAUUGCUCUUGCCUCCAAGGCUUCGAGGUGAUUGAACCAAGUGACUGGAGCAAAGGAUGCAAGCGCAAGGCAGACAUCACAGCCAUCUCGGAGAAAGGGAAUAGACAUAAUACAAACAACACAAUCAACCAGAACUUCUCUUUCAGAAAGAGCACUGGAACUGACUACUGGGGGUAUGACUUGGCCUACAAAGCAUCAGUGCCGUUCUCGGAAUGUAGAAAUAUAUGCCUGGCAAACUCUAACUGCCAAGGCUUUGGUUACCGAAAAGGAACAGGCCAAUGUUAUCCAAAGUUCUUGCUUUUCAAUGGCAGAAGCUUCCCUGAUCCUUACAAUGACCUCUAUCUGAAAGUUCCUAAGGGGGUAUCAUUUACCAAAGAAACAGAUUCUAGACUAAACCAUUCUUGCGGAGUUACUGAAAAACUGGCAUACACUUCAUCACAAAUGUUGGAGGAUGUUAGUUCCAAGUUCAAGUUUGGUUACUUCCUUUCUUCUGUGUUAACAUUGCUUUUGAUUGAAGUGGUUUUAAUCGUUGCUGGAUUUUCAGUCGUUAAAAAAUGGGAGACAAGACCAGAGAUUAAUGAUGAAGGUUACAUGAUCAUUUCUAGCCAGUUCCGAAGAUUCACCUACAAGGAGUUACACAAGGCAACGAAUUGUUUUCAGGAAGAGCUAGGAAGUGGUGGAUCAGGUGUGGUUUACAAGGGAGUCCUUGAUGAUGAAAGGAAGGUUGCAGUGAAAAAGCUAAACGAUGUGAUCUAUGGAGAGCAGGAGUUAAGGUCUCAGCUAAGUGUCAUAGGAAGAAUGUAUCAUAUGAAUCUGGUCAGAAUCUGGGGGUUUUGUGUGGACAAGACAAAAAUACUCUUGGUUUCUGAGUACAUUGAGAACGGUUCUUUAGACAAACUUCUAUUUGACGAUCACAACUUAUUUCCUGUCCUAAAAUGGAGCCAAAGGUACAGUAUUGCACUUGGAGUGGCAAAAGGACUGGCAUAUCUUCACCAUGAGUGUCUUGAAUGGAUCGUCCACUGCGAUAUCAAACCGGAAAACAUAUUGCUAGAUAAAGACUUUGAGCCAAAGAUUGCUGAUUUUGGACUGGUGAAACUACUUAAGCAAGGAACAACACAAAUGUUGUCGAGAGUGCAUGGAACUAGAGGGUAUAUUGCACCAGAAUGGGCUCUAAAUCUUCCUAUCACAGGCAAGGCUGAUGUUUACAGCUAUGGAGUAGUACUUCUUGAGUUAGUGAAGGGGAUUCGGGUUUCCAGAUGGGUGGUUGAUGGCAAGGAGGAGGUAGAACUGGCUGUUAAACGCACUGUUGAUACUCUCAGCGAGAAAUUGGCUAGCAAAGAUCAAUCAUGGCUGCUGGAAUUUGUUGACCGCAGGCUUGAUGGAGAAUUCAACUAUUCACAGGCAGCCACAGUGCUAAAGAUAGCAGUGUUGUGUCUGGAAGGAGAUAGGCAUAGGCGACCAAGCAUGGAUACUGUGGUUGAAAUCCUGCUUUCGGCUGUGGGAUAA